AUGCUCGCACUCGUCCUGACGUGCCCAGGCCUCCGUGCUGGCGUGCCAGUGGCAUCUGCUGAGGCGACGGCUCGGGCCGCCUGGCUCGCCAAAAACCCGUCGCCGUGGGAGGCGCGAGUGACGCCACAAGCGGCACAAGCAGCAAGCCCCUCCGUCUUUCAUGCAACGCAGGCUCCUGGCAACCCGUGGCUCGCGCCCGGCCGGCCAAUGCUCACUCUCGAGGCGGCAGAUGAGAUGAGCAGCGUGGCACUCCGCGAGGCGACAGCAUAUGGCUUUAACCCGAUCAGCGUGUGCGUUCUCGACGCCGGCGGCCGCGUGCUCGUGCUGAAGACGAUGCCUGCGUCGAGCGGGCUCACGGCGGACUUUGCGCACGCCAAGGCGUCGGCGCUCGCGCCCUUCCCGGGCGGCGUGCUGUGCCGUGACGCGGCGGGGGUCCUCGUCGGCGCGAUCGGCGUCUCGGGCGCGGCGUCCGAUGAGGACGAGCACUGCGCCAUCACCGCAGCUCAGUCUGUCGGACUGAGCACUGAGCCUGCCGCGAGCAGGCUGGUGUGA